GAAGCGGCUGCCGGGCAGGGCCCGGCCGGGGCCAGCGGAGCGCCCUCCCGAGCAACCCCCGCGGCGCCUGCUCGCGGCUCUAGGGGGAAGGGGAGGAGGAAACGCGGGUGGGGACGGGACGGGACGGGACAAGCCCUGCUGACGGUGGCUGCGCCCGGGUGAGCGGAGAGGAGCGCAGAGGCGAGGAGGGCUGGCGGGCACGGCUCGGCACGAUACCAUGUCUGCUGCAAGUGGCAAUCCUGUUCCAUCUGCACCACCUUCUUACGAGGAAGCCGUAGGAAUCAAUGUGAACUAUCCACACCCCUAUCCUGUCCCUGGCCCUGGACAGAAGCCAGAUGGGAAGGGAUCGGACCUUCCCCCACACAUGGGACAGCCUCCACCAGCAAAUAACCCCAUUACUGUUCAGACGGUGUACGUGCAGCAGCCAGUAAUGUUUUAUGACCGCCCAGUUCAGAUGCGCUGCCCUUCCUGUAACCAGGUGAUAGUGACACGUCUCUCAUAUGACUCAGGAGCUUUGACCUGGCUGUCAUGUGGUGGCCUCUGCCUGCUGGGAUGUGUAGCAGGCUGCUGCUUAAUUCCCUUCUGCAUUGAUGCCCUAAAGGACGUGGAUCACACCUGUCCAAAAUGCAGCGCUCUUGUUGGCUCUUACAAACGUUUAUAGGCAGUGUUUAUACAUUGAUUGAUGAAGUUGUUUAGCACCUCUACAAGCUCUCUCUGAAGCUUCAUGGAGACUUCCCAUUUUUUCUGUGCAUCCUGUCACUGGAAACCAAUAAAAAGUAAUGUUUGUUGCUAGAUGGUUUGAAUACGCAGUUGCUUGAGAGGAGUCUCACUUAGGUCUGUGAAAAGCAUACCUAAUGUGUAUGGGCCACUCAGUCCAGCACCAAUGGAGAGCAGUGGAGUGUUUCUCUUUUUGCUUAAUACAGAACAGGUUGGUGAUAUUCUUCAGUUAAUCUUGUCUCAGGCAUGUUGCACAUUUUGCUUGCAUUGAGGCUGUAAAGUCUCAGCACAGAACAAGAGGAGGACAUGUAUGGAGAACUACUUAGGCUCAUGCUUUGGCAGCAGCACUGUUUAUGAACUUGCAGGGAGCUGCCUCAGAGACAGGUGCUCCUCUUUGAAAAAAUAAAUCUUGUGUUUUUAUCUUUUCAUGAGCACUAGAAUUAAUUUUAAAAUUUUUGUAGUUUGAAGAGAGCCAAACCUGAAAGCUUCUUCCUUCUUGGAGGUGGCUUUUCCAAAUGGACAAUUCAGGUGGUUGUGCAAAAAUAGUGAAUGAAUCUAGUAUCUGAAUUUUCUUGCCAGUUUCAGGUCAUGUCUCUAAUCUGAAGUAAAGAUGUUCAUAUAGAAGAUAUCUGUUCAGUGGUUUUUGUUAAGCUGGAGGCUCUCUUACUGCUGAUUGAAAGCCUGUGAAGUGUUUUCUUCACCCCAGUGGAAAUGCCCAGAGAGCCUUGGUUAGAGCAUUGGAAAACUUCCUUGUAUGUUUACGUAAGUCAGCUGAUUGACCAUAAACAAACCUCAGCCUUAUCUUAAGGCUCAAAUUCCACCUGAAACACAUAAAUAAAACACCUGGGCUUUUAGUUGUUGAUCUGCUCAUUAAUUACUACUCUUUAUUAAAAAGGUAAAAUGUAUGUUAAGGAGUUUCUCUGAUUUUUCUAAAUUAAAUGAAAGAUGAGUUCUGGUUUUAGAAACUUAAGCUGGAUAUGCUUAUUUAAGAUGAUAAUCACAAAAAAAUUAGAGAAUGAAGCUCUGAGGGUUAAAGUAAUUUCUGUGUCAUAAUCAACUAGAUCAAACAACAUUUGGAUGUAUAUCACAGAAUCCAAAUCACAAAAUCAGCUAGGUUAGAAAAGGCCAUUGAGAUCAUCCUAUCCAACCUGUGUCCUAAUGCCACCUUAUCAACCAGACCGUGGUGCUGAAUACCAUGCCCAGUCUUUUCUUAAAUACCUCCAGGGACAGUGACUCCACCAUCUGCCUGGGCAACCCAUUCCAAUGUCUGAUCACCCUUUCUGGAAAAAUCUUCUUCCUAAUGUCCCACCUAAAUGAUACCUGUCCAGAAAAGGAAGACAGGUGUUUAAACAAGGCUGUGUUGGUAACACUGUAUUAAUAUCUGUAAAAGCAAAAAGCUAAAAUAAAUACAAAUAAAAAGUACUGCAUUUACUGUUCUUGCCAAAUGUGCCUUCUGUAUAUAUUUGGUAUAAGUUAGUUUUUCAAAAGUCUUUCAGUACUUUAUGUUUGAAAUCCAGUAAUUUUGUAGAUCAUGUACAAUUUCUAGGCCUUGUCUUAAUUAGGUUUUGUAAACUGAUGCUGCUUGUGAGCCAGUCUGCAAGUGAUUUAAGAGCUACCUUGUGUAUUUGGAAAAGGUUUCUGGUCUCCUCAUGCUGUAAGAAUGUACAUCAGGAGCUACUCACUGGCAAGAGGAUGAUGGCGAUAAAAAGCUGAUAGUUGUGUAGCUUUCCAUGUUGAUGACGUGGUACCAACAAGUGCUUUUGUCUGCUGGUGCACCACCAUAGUGCUCUCUGUUCUUGGAGGGCUUGGGUGAUGCUGCAUUGAAUUUUCUGUUCUGGUGACACGAGCAAGUCCUGUGCCUUACUGGGUGUCACAGAAAAUGUGCUUCUUGUCAGUUUGUUGUCAGAGCAAGACAGAAAGAAGCAAUGAAUCUUGCAGUGUUUCCAAAAUUGAGAUUUGCUUGCGUGGUAGGAAGGAUUUUUAAUUCUUUUAGUACCUUGUCAGUCUGGUCUGGAUAAUCCUGCCAUAUAUUCAUUUGUUAAGUUUUCCAAUUGUUAUUACCUUAGAUCCCCUUUUCUCUCCAAAGUGAUGGUUGGAAAAUCUGAGGUGGUGGCACCAGAAUGCAAAACACAAAAAAAAAAGAGUUUUGAUUUAUGUGGGCAGUCCUUUAAAUCUCUUUAAGUUCCUUGUAUGGAUUGAGAAUAGGGCACACAAUGUUGGGAGCUCUUCCUUCUAAUUCAGCAUUCUGCAAGGCUUUCUGCUGCCCCUUCUAUAGUUGUGUUUCCUUAAACGCAAAGCCUGUGUUUGUUCUCUUGUGUAUGGAAUAAUCUACAGACAGUGCCAAAGUAACCUGCUUUGUUAAACCUACCUUGGACAAACAAAUGCAGGAUGUAACUUGCUUUGUGUGAAAGCGCUUUGUGUUUGAUUAUGUUGAAAUUACUGUUUAUUUUUAAAACUGACUCUAUUUGAAAUAAAAACUUUGUCUUUUCUA